CCUCCCUGACCUCUGAUGCUUGUGCCGUUGCAGGCUGAUAAUCCGGCACUUCGACCUGCAUAAUGCCAAACGUAUAACCUUCCUAAUAUAGUAAGCAACCGUAGCGAGGUUACCUGCAUCUGGGGAUCUACGCGGGAUCCUUAAAAGCUUGGCCUCAUCCCGCUGUCUCCAUACACUUUCACAAACAAGCACGCUAUCAAGAUUUGUAUCUUUCAUCUUCCACGAAUUCGUACCUUAUUCUUGCUAUGGCGUCCCAGCAGUUUUUCCUUAAAACCGCUCCUUUUCCAGGCGAAGAACCUUCCAAAUAUACGAACCUCUAUCUCCGCCAUUUCGGUUCCGGAAUGGACUCGAUCGUCCUCACUCCCGGACAACCCAAGUAUAUCAAAGGCCAUAUGGAAGGAAAACGCAUCGCGUUCACCAGUGCUUCUCACGAAGGUCGGAAAUGGGGUCUGGAGCUUCGCAAGGACGGAGAGCAGCAUGCUGGGUGGGAGAAGGUGGAGAUCGUCGAGCGUGAAGGGAGCGAUGGUCUGCUGUUCACUACAGGAGAGGAAGGGGAGGUGUUGGAAUAUGAAGAAGAAGAACUUGCUGGGGAGAAAGUUUGGAAGGGGUGGAUGGUCUGCGAUUGGGCGCACGGGUAUCCUCAGUUGUUUUGGGUCACGCAUAAACUGAGCGGCGAGUUGCCCCCUUUCUGCCACCGAGUACAGAUUGUUCGAGAGAUGCUUUGAAUUCAAAGAUAUCUUUGUUUGAGAGUUAUGUUACUACAUUUGAUGAUUCCAUAUUCUUUCUAUUC